GGGCUAGGCCCCGCCCUGCUUCCCUCAGCCGCCUGCCUCAGAGGGCGGCUGGCGGGGUUGCGCGGCGGCCGCGGUUUGUUCGGUGUGUGCGUCGCCUCCCUCCGGCAGCCCUUCUUCUUUCGCCUCGCCCGGCCGAAGCGAGCCGCGGAGGGCGGAGGGCGACUUCCCGCCUCCUUUCGUUCUGCUCGGCCGCCGAUCGGUGCCCCCCCCUUCUCCCCUCAGCCUCGCCUCCCCUCACGGAGAACAACAUGGCGGCGGUGUCGGGGGCCGGCGCGGGCAGCUGUGGGAGCCCUGCCGGGGUUCCGGAGAUGGUGCGCGGGCAGGUCUUCGACGUGGGGCCUCGCUACACCAACCUCUCCUAUAUCGGGGAAGGGGCUUACGGGAUGGUCUGUUCAGCCUAUGAUAAUUUGAACAGAGUUCGGGUGGCGAUAAAGAAAAUCAGCCCUUUUGAACACCAGACUUACUGUCAAAGAACCCUAAGAGAGAUCAAAAUCCUGUUGCGUUUCAAGCAUGAAAAUAUUAUUGGAAUCAAUGACAUCAUUCGGGCUCCAACUAUUGAUCAAAUGAAAGAUGUCUACAUUGUGCAAGAUCUCAUGGAAACGGAUCUCUACAAACUCUUAAAAACUCAACAUCUCAGCAAUGAUCACAUUUGUUAUUUCCUUUAUCAAAUUCUGAGGGGACUGAAAUACAUCCAUUCAGCCAAUGUAUUGCACAGGGACCUCAAACCAUCCAACUUGUUGCUAAACACUACUUGUGAUCUCAAGAUAUGUGACUUUGGUUUGGCUCGUGUGGCAGACCCAGAUCAUGACCACACUGGCUUCCUAACAGAAUACGUAGCUACGCGUUGGUACAGAGCUCCUGAAAUUAUGUUGAAUUCUAAGGGUUAUACCAAAUCUAUUGAUAUUUGGUCUGUAGGCUGUAUUCUGGCAGAGAUGCUAUCAAACAGACCCAUCUUCCCAGGAAAACAUUACCUUGAUCAGCUCAACCACAUUCUUGGAAUUCUUGGGUCUCCUUCCCAAGAAGACUUGAACUGUAUAAUCAACGCGAAAGCGAGAAAUUAUUUGCUUUCUCUACCAUAUAAAAAUAAGGUUCCCUGGAACAGAUUAUUUCCAAAUGCUGAUCCCAAAGCUCUUGAUCUGUUGGAUAAAAUGUUGACUUUCAACCCUCACAAGAGAAUUGAAGUGGAAGAAGCUUUGGCUCACCCCUACCUAGAACAAUAUUACGAUCCCAGUGAUGAGCCUGUCGCUGAAGCGCCUUUCAAAUUUGAUAUGGAGCUGGACGACUUGCCGAAGGAAAAACUGAAAGAACUAAUCUUUGAGGAAACUGCUAGAUUCCAGCCAGGAUACAGAUCCUAAACGGCAUAAGGGAUAAAGGAAUUUAAGGGCUGGGCACACUCUCCGUAGACGUUCUCUUCCUGGUUCUUUCUUUACGGUCAUAUGACGUGGCCUCCUUCAGUUUAUCCACUAACAUUUCAAGCCAUUCAGGGAGACCAUUUCUAUGGUAGUCCUGGCUUUCUAUAUGUCUUCAACUGAUUAUUUAUGCCUGAAGAAUCGUUACCAAUACUCCUGCGUGUAAAACCUACCCUCCUGGUCUUUUGCAGGUACUGUCUUUCUCUUAUCAACACACACCACCCCUAGAUGACAACCAUGGGUUUAAACCACGUCCCUUUCUGGUUUGAAAGAUGCAGUGUUGGUCUCUGAUCUUUAGGAGAGCAGACGAUUUUAUACUUUAUAAUCCUUUUCGUUUUCUAGAUUUUUGUAACGGCGUUUUGAGAGAGAGAAAAAAUAAUAAUUAAGGAACAUUGAGGGCACUUUAAGUCGAGGGCAUUCGCCAGAACUUUUUGCACUUCUUUAAGCUUGCCAUGUUGACUGGCAUGCACAGUACGAGAGGACAGAUCCAAGCAUACACUGUAUUUAUACUUUCAACUCCCUCAUUCCUACCCUGGGGCAUAAAUUAAGGCAGGUCACUUCAACGCUGAGACGUUUUGGCAAACGAUGCAGGAGGAGAAAAAAAACCCCAUGGCCCUUCUUUCUCCCACUUUAAGAGGUCAUGGUACUUGUGCAAUCUUAACUUUAAAUGGUACACCUGAUUUCUAAUGCCACCUUUACAAGAUGCAUCUGCUUACCUAGAAGCUGGUCUCGUUAUUUCAGCCGGACUUAGAGCUUCAAUUGGUUUCAACGCAGCAAAAAUAGCUUAGAACGAAAUCUGGUAUUUGAUGGGUUUCUUUCCUGGAAAUGCAUCCAGGGGGUAAUAUGUAUUAGCAGAGAAACAUUUGUGGAUACUGUUAAACUCCACCCAAAUAAUGAAGAAUCCUCACUUGGUACCUUUCUUUUAAAUGCAUGUGGUGGGCUCUGAAAAAAAAAAAAAAAGGAACACUGCAUCUUUAAAAUAAGAAAGUGAGAACAACCUAUUUCUUUAGCAUGUUAGCAUUUCGCGUUUAUUUCCUGUAACGUUCCCCCUUUUCCCAAAGGCUUUCAGAAUUUAUAGCUCUGGACCUCUUGUUCAGUCAGCUGAUGUAAGUUGCGUAAUCGGGAACGCUGACCCAGGCCCACAAAAUGAACCUGCCACUUGUUUCAUCAAUACUCUGCCUUUUUUUUUUUUUUUAAUGAUAGCUCUUCAAGUAUUUGUUUCUGAAACUGUACAGUGUGGAAUUUACUAGAUGUUAUGUUCCAGUGCGGUGCCUCAUUGACAACUUUUUUCCCCACUGCUGUGUGGUGAGAAAUGUUAACCUUGUUUUAAAAUGAUGACUGUGUCCUCGCAUGACUGUUAAAAGCUUUCUGUGCACAGAUGAUUGUCUUAAGUGCCACAUAGCUGGAGCUGAAACAAAAAAAAAAGUUACCUCUAAUUACGCUCAAUGAAAUUCUCCCCAGCAAAGAGAACGUUUCAUUGGGAGAAUAAGUGUGUUUUUAGCUGUUCCAUCUUUUUUGCUCUGUUGUGUUUUUGGUAGCAGUGCCCUUGUUAUGAAUCAAAAUUUUAAAACUCUGUUUUGUAUAUUUACCUUUUCUUUUUCAAAUAAUUUUGUUUGCCUUCUGAAGAACGUUUUGAUGGGAGUCUUGCUAUUUUAGUCUUGGGAUGACUUGCAUUUAAUUUUACUUCCUGCAAGAGUGAGAAAGUCUUUGGGGUGGAUUCUUGGCGGGCCAGUCAUUGUAUAUAUAUGCUGAAAUGAAUAAUAUUUUUUUUCUGUUAAGGAAGUAAUGUGGCAUUAUGGUUCUCAGCUUGAUUCACAGUUAAAUAAUUCAUUUCUCUGGUCCAAAUUUCCAUUGAGCUCAGUGAGACUGUUGGUUAGGAAAUUAGAAUUAUAGUUUUGGUCACUUUAAGUGCAUCCAAAGUUGCAUAAGGUGUAUAUCAAAGUUUAUAUUACGUGUUUACAGAUGACAACAUUUUACAUUCAUGCAUAAGCAAUCAGCCUGCUAAACCAAACUUAAUAAAUGUGUGUCUCUGAAAGUUGCUUUCUGUAAACUGUCAUGGAAUCAGCAAAAAGCAUAUAUUGAGAAUAUUGUUGGAAAAGGUUUGACUGGCCCCAGGUUCUCUGCAACUUCCUAUGGCUGUUCAGACCUGUCCUAGAUCUGUUUUUAAUUUUUUUUUAAACGGUUUACCAUAAUGACAGCAGUUGUUGAGCUGUUCUUGGGGCUCAGCUCACAUCCUUAUUGCAACAUUAAUUUGGUGAUUUUAGACUGUUACAACAAGUCUCUAGAGUGAAACAACCCAGCAGUUUUUGUUACAAGAACUGAAAGUUUUAUUGACUUUGUUUAUUAUGUUUUGUACUAUCCUCUUCACCUGCAGUUUACAAUUGGGCAAAGGAAGCUACAGACAAAACAUACUAAAAUCUGCUUUGAGAUGUUCUUUCUCUCUGUCAAUUGACUUCUGUUCUUUCUCUCUGUCAAUUGACUAACUGUUCAUUAAAAGCAGAUCUUUUGACAGAAUAGAAUGUCUUUUUUAAAGAAAUGCUUCUAUCGGUACAGUUAUAAUACAUUAUUUCUUAUGCCAUAUUUAAUAGAAAUUACAUUAUCGAUAAAGAAUAUGCAAUCAUCUUCAUGACUGUUCAAAAAGCUUUGAUAUAUGGAAAUAGGGAAUGUAGCGAUAUAUUGGACCUAAUAUGAAUUGAAUGGACGUCUGCUGCCAUUUACAAAAUACUUUGGAUAACGUGUUUGAGACUAUGCAGAUCAAUUUGGCAAAAUGGAAGACCCUUUGAUGCAGAUCCUUCAUGGAAUUCCACCAGCCACAUGAUAUAUAAGCAGUCCAAACCUAGUUUUAAAAGUAACCCCCCUUAAACAGAUUUGAGAACACAAUUCCCAGAGUUCCUUGCAACUAUGUUAGCCCUUUUAGGAGUUCUUGUUGUACCGCAGUGUCAGGAAUAUGGCUGGGUGUAUCUUAAUUCAGGGGUCUCCAAACCUGGCAAUUUUAAGACCUGUGGAUUUCAACUCCCAGAAUUCUCCAGUCAAGCAAUUCUGGGAGUUGAAGUCCACGAAUCUUAAAAGUUCCCAAGUUUGAGAACGUUGCCGUAACUGGUUAUGAUUGAUUGUGCUUUAGUAAUGGAAAGCAGUAUGUAAAACAAGUGGAACCUCUAACUGGCGGUAUAUUCCCCCAAACGGUUUUGCGGAAAUACUUCUCAUCCCCUGCUAAUUUUAGAGCCUAAAUGUUGGAACUUUGAGAUAUAUGCACACCUUGUAUAUUGCCCGCAAACUAUAGCACAUCCCUAUAUCAGGCACUUUGCUAUAGCAUACUCGGAUCACUGCAAGGAACCACAGGGAUAUUUUCAAUCUCUUAAGGCUAAAUUGGUUCCUGCGGAUGAAAUGAGCUCAGGUGGGGCAGACCUAAGAUAAUACUUCCAGCCAACCAUGUUUUGAGGUAAUUCUCAGUUCAACAGCAAGUUUAGCAUCAAAGGUUCAUGUUUACGCCUCAAAGGAAGUUCGGCUUUAGAUUUUGAGGAAGCAUUUUUUCCGAGAAUUACAAAACGUUACGGGAGUUGUCCCCAGCUCUUUGGUUUGUCGUCUCUCGAAAUCCUCCAUCCAGCUAGCUUGUUGCCAAGAAUCUGAAGAGCACCCAGGUUAGGGAAGUUGGGAUUGAAUUACUGAAGCCUUGAAGAAGACCCAUCAUCAUGUCAAGUUUGGACAAAAACUGGAAGAAACGGUACCCUCUGAGAACACGCAAAGGUUGCGACAAGUCGGUUGACUCUUUUUGCCUUUUCUCGUGGCGUGUCAGUGUAUAACGCACUCCUAAGGAAAUAACGUUGCGCUUUUAUAUCGCUUUGUACUGUUGGUGCCUUAGUCAUGUAUCCCAGGCCGCCUGCAUAGCUAGUUUUAAUGAAUGGUUAAUUUAAAAAAUCCAGAAAUGAAAAACAGAAUUUUAUAAAGGGUUUCCUGUUAUGUUACCCGACGACACAAAACAUUUCUUAUCGUGUGACAAAAUUUGUGAUUUGGUUCUUAUGCUAUGUAUAGAAUUAUUGUAAGUAGAAAAAGUUUAUAUUUUUUUGUCUUACUUCUGUUGUAAGCGUAUGUGCUUUUUUUUUUUUUUAAAGAAAAAAAAUGGAACAGUUAAUGUCUUGUUAGUACAUGCCAUCAGAUACUUGUAAAAACAAAUGUGAAGGAACUCAUUAAAUUUGAUCCUGGAUUACUAAAGCAA